AUGCUAGUCAUGAGCAAAACUCUAACCCCUCCUCAGGCUCCCCAGACCCCAUUAUGUAUAGAGAGACAAAAAAAAAGGGUCAUUAACAUUAAAAGGCUGACUGAAAAAUCAUCUAUAGUCAAGAAAAAAAAGCUCAAUCCCUCCUUUAACCUCGGGAUGAUACAAAAACCAAAACCCAUAGCCAGAAAAAUAGUUGGACACCUAAACACCAAUAGUCAAGAAAGCAAAAUGCAUAAACCCUCCCCUACCCACAAUCGGACAUGCAGAAAAAGUGACACUCUGAACCAUAGGCAUAAACCCCUCCCCAGGCCGCCCCACUCCCAUUACGAGCAACCAAGAUCUUAG